GGCUGCCCCCCUGUUGGCCCAGGCCGGUGCAGGGCAUCGUGAGAAACGGAGAAAGAUUCAUGAAACUGCAUGACCAAAAUGGUAGCCUCGCCUUUUGUCUACCUGCUGUCUGCUCACUGGCUCUUCCCAGAGUGUAUCCUGAAUCUCGAAAGAAGUUUGGGGAAAAGCAGUUCUGGGGCCUCGAGGCAGGACACGUGCAGGGAUGGCCCCUGAACUGGUUCCUCAGAACCCACCCACCCCAUCCUGCAGCCUGUCCCUGGAGGGGUCGCCGGAACAGAAGGGGGGCCCAAACAGAAAGCCAGGUCUCUGAGGCAGAGCCCACCUCAGGGGGUUAAAAAGGAGAAUCCCAAACUCCUGCGUGCAUCUGAGCACGUGUCCCGUGUGAGUGUGGUACGCACAGGCGCUGGGCAGUCCCAGGCCAGGGACCGUCUUCCCAAGCAGCGGAGGCGAGCUUCACCCCCUCGCCCUCAUGGAUAGUGGGCUGGCUGGGCACCCCUCCUGUCUGUGGCCUAGCCCGGCGGGCAGCACAGGGAGUGUCUGGUGCACCCUGGCUCCCCGAGGUGCUGAAGGCUGCCCGCUCGCUCGCCCCAGCUCCUGAACUGCAUCAUGGACAUGGUGGAGAAGACGCGGCGCUCGCUCACAGUGCUACGCCGGUGUCAGGAGGCGGACCGAGAGGAGCUCAACCACUGGGCGCGGCGCUACAGCGAUGCAGAGGGCGUGAAGAAGGGCCCCACUCCCGCCAGCGCCCGGCCCCGCAGCAGCUCUGCCGGCCCCGAAGGGGCUCAGCCAGACAUCCCCCGGGAGUUCCUGCCGAGGACCCUCACCGGUUACAUGCCUGAGGACAUCUGGAGGAAGGCGGAAGAGGCGGUGAAUGAGGUGAAGCGCCAGGCGAUGUCAGAGCUGCAGAAAGCCGUAUCGGACGCGGAGCGCAAAGCGCACGAGCUCAUCACCACGGAGCGCGCCAAGAUGGAGCGGGCCCUGGCCGAGGCCAAGCGGCAGGCCUCUGAGGACGCGCUGACAGUGGUCAACCAGCAGGAGGACUCCAGCGAGAGCUGCUGGAACUGUGGGCGGAAGGCCAGCGAGACGUGCAGCGGCUGCAACGCGGCGCGCUACUGCGGGUCCUUCUGCCAGCACCGGGACUGGGAGAAGCACCACCAUGUGUGCGGCCAGAGCCUGCAGGGCCCUGCGGCCGUGGUGGCCGACCCAGUGCCCGGACCUCCCGACACCACCAACGGCCUGGGCCCCUCCCUGCCCGUGGGUGCUGCCAGCCCCAGCGAAGCCGGCUCUGCGGGGCCUUCUCGCCCCGGCUCCCCCAGCCUGCCUGGCCCGCUGGACGCCGUGCCCCGCUGACCCGACUGGCCCCCGACCUGCUGGACACAGUACCCUGCCGACCCCACCCAGCUCUGGGCCCUCCGGAUGCCUGAUGCCCGGCCCGCCAGACGCUGCGCCCUGCCCGGCCCCGGGGAGCCGACCAAUUAGAGUCAGUGCUGCUACUGCCCCUCUCCAAAAGGAGACACGGAACCAACAGAACCGCAUCCAGUGCCCCUGCCUCAGCUGCCUGAUGAUUCCGCGCACAGACCUCCUGGCGGCCUCUCUCCUCAAGCGUCCUCAGAAGCCUCGACUGAGCUUUAGAUGGCAGAGCGAUGCCACAGGGGCGUUGGCUCUGCCCGCCUGUCUCUUUCUCCGUCCCCCCACCAUCUCCUCUCUCCUCUCCCCUCUGUGACUAUCACACACUUUCUCUUCAAUGACAAAUUCUUAUUGGUGGCUUACAUUUUCAGCAAAGAAUUUUGGGGGGUUUUAUUUGUUGGCAAAAGAGCUACUCAGAAAUGGACAAAGCGAACUGUGGGGGUUCUCCCUCUCCUGAUCGAAAAGGGAGAAAGAAAACUGUGAUUUUACAGCCGGAGAUCUGUGGCCAGCCGGUCCCCUCCCCCAGGGGCCUGAGGCAGACCCCGGAAGACGGAAGGAAAGAUUUCAGUUUCUGACUCAAGAAGGAUUAUUGGUUUCAGAUUUUUUUUUCCUGUAAUGUUAAACUCUUUGGCUUUAAGUAAAAAUCCAAAAAGUUUUUUAUAAAAGCAAAGGAAGCAUACUUGUGAACUACCUUGCUAGCUAGCCAGCCAAGGAUACCGGACACACCUCUGCUCCAAAGGAAUCCAAAAACGCAAACAGGAGACAUCAAAAUCCAAAAUCUGUUUGUCACUGCCAAAGUAUUUCUCCCACAGCUUUCCUUGCUCUUGGGUUUGUUUGGAUGUGGGUCUUUUCUCUGUUUUGGUUUUGUUUGUGGGGUGUUGGGGUAUCAGGAUGUGGAAGGUUUGCGCCCAGUGAGAAGCGACGUCUGUUUCCUUCCGCGUGGGCACUGGUGCGUCCGCCGUGGGUGCGAUCCGUGUGUGGGCGCCGUGGCCUGUGUCUCAGGCGUGUUGGGAAGGACACGCCGUGUGUCCUCACGCCUCCUGUGGCUUUUCAUAUUUCUUUUCUCCACUUGUGAAAAAAAAGUGCUAACAUUUUCUUCCCAGAGGGCAUAAUUCCGAAACAAAACUGAGACAGUCUUUGGGUUGUUGACUGCUCUUCCGGCGUGUGGAGACAGCAGGGCCCCCGGGGUCGCCUCUCCUCGGCCAGCCCUUCCUCCUCGGCCUCCGCCAUCUCCCAGCCCCGUCGCCCAACCCAUGUCUCUCUGCAGCUACUCCCCUUUCUUCCAAACUUUUGCAGAAAAAAAAAAACAAAAAAACUACAAACAGAAGCAGCCCUCCGCCUCCUCCCAGGGAAGACCCUGACUGUGACACAGCCCUGGUGCCCCUGCCAGCCGCCCUCAGAUGCGUUCGCCUCAGCCCUGGGGUGCGUCUCGGUGACGUUUCUGUCGGACUCUCUCCCUCCCACGCGCCAGCCCUGCCCACCCUCCUGCCCCUCCUCUCAACUCCCUCAGUGAUUUCAAGGAGGAAAUAAAGGGAUAAGGAAAUGCACGCUUGUACCGAGUACAAGGACAGACAGCGGGCACGGCCCCGGCCUGGCUCUCUGCGCGCGGCUCUCAGAACUCAGUGCAAUAUGGGAGCGACCCAGCUACUGAACCGGCGCGAAUGGCCCGAGAGAGGCCCGAAGCCAAGGGUGUACGUUAAUGUGAAUGUAUAUAGUCUUUGCAGAGGUCCAAAUGAUAUUCAUGAUGAUAAUAAAGAAGAGAUGUUUGCCAAAUAAAGAGAAACUGUGGGAGUUUGCAA